AUGGAGCCUGAAGAUGGUAAACGUAGGAGCGGUCAGGAUGAGCGUAGCUCCCUUAGGCAUCGAACAAUCCGCAUAUCCUCCGCUCCAUGGCAAAUCAUCGGAACCGACUCGCAGUUGAUAGUCUUCAGGCUUGCACCGGGGCAGGAGGUGAUGAUGGAGCCCGGGUGCAUGGUGCAUGCGGAUGAUGGAGUGAAGCCAGUGACCUCCCUGCAAAACCCUCUGGGAGCGUUUCUUGCCGAUGAAGACAUCUUCCGACUGAAAUGGAAGAAUGAGUCGUCGACCGACAAGACCCUGUCAGCCGCCGCCAUGGUGCCGUCCAAGAUCAUUCCCCUCGACCUCUCAGUGUACAGCGGCAUCACCAUUCAGAAAGGAUCCUUCCUGGCCACGUUGGGCAGAUGGCAGAUCAUGACCAAGAACCUUGCUCCAGGGGAGAAGUACAUCUUUGAUACGGACUGCAUGCUUGCUGUGUCCUCCACGGUUGAUGUGAGCAUCCGAAGAGCUGGGGGUUGCGCGAUGAUGUGUUUCGGGGGCAAGGGCCUCUUCAACACGGAAUACACUGGACCAGGACUGAUCAUCUUUCAAACUCUCCCGGCAGCCAAGAGCGGAGCGCGCAAGGAGGAGACGGAGGAGUCGGGGGGGGAGACGGAGACGGAGGAGGGGACGGAGGAGGGGACGGAGGUGGUGGCGAUUAAUACAGUUGACUGA